AUGGGGCAGGUCAAUGUGACCUGCUGGAGAGGUUUUGUCUUCCUGGGCUUCACCAGUUUUGGAGAGCUGCAACUCCUGCUCUUUGCUUUGUUCCUCUGUCUGUAUCUUGUCACCCUGACCAGCAAUGUCUUUAUUAUUGUCAUCAUCAGGCUGGAUAGCCAUCUGCACACCCCCAUGUACCUCUUCCUUUCUUGUCUAUCUUUCUCAGAAACCUGCUACACUUUGGGCAUCAUCCCCAGGAUGCUCUCUGGCCUGGCUCUGGGGGUUCAGACUAUCUCUUACAUGGGCUGUGCUGCCCAGAUGUUCUUUUCUGGUUCAUGGGCCUGUGCCAACUGUUUCCUUCUGUCUGUAAUGGGCUUUGACAGGUAUGUGGCCAUCUGUACCCCACUGCACUAUGCAAGUCGCCUGAAUCCUACCCUCUGUUCCCAACUGGUUGGUAUCUCCUUCUUGAGUGGAUACCUCUUUGGGCUGGGAAUGACGCUAGUUAUUUUCCGCCUCUCUUUCUGCAGCUCCCAUGAAAUUCAACACUUUUUUUGUGACACCCCACCAGUGCUGAACCUAGCCUGUGGGGAUACAGACCUCAGUGAGCUGGGAAUUCUCAUCCUCAGUCUGCUGGUCCUCCUGGUCUCCUUUUUCAUCAUUACCAUCUCCUAUGCCUACAUCCUGGCAGCAAUCCUGAGGAUCUCCUCUGCUGAGGGGCGCAAGAAGGCCUUCUCCACCUGUGCUUCACACCUCACCGUGGUCGUUAUUCACUAUGGCUGUGCCUCCUUCAUGUACUUAAGACCCAAAGCCAGCUACUCCCUUGAGCGGGAUCAGCUUAUUGCUGUCACCUAUACUGUGGUGACACCUGUCCUUAACCCUAUUAUUUAUAGCCUAAGGAAUCGGGCUGUGCAGACAGCUCUGAGAAAUGCUUUUUGUGGGCUCUUGCUGGGUAAAGGAUGA